AUGACUACCGACCACGGCGGCCAGAUGAUCGAGUAUAUCCAAGAUCGCCUGUAUCUUGCAUCCUACGAUUCGCCUCCAAGCUCCAGAACUCCGUUCCCAUUCCAUGCGGACCAUCCCAAAUCUCCAAGCAAGCGCGCACGUGCCCAGCCUGCUACUCCGAGCAAGCGCCGCUCUCCUGUGUACUUCACCAUCGAUGACACUCUGCUUUACAAUGCCUUCCACGCUGAUUUCGGCCCGCUGCACAUCGGUCACCUCUACCGAUUUGCUGUUCUCUUCCAUGAAAUCCUCGGUGACCCAGCCAACAGCGAUCGCCCGGUGGUCUUCUACAGCAAGACAGAUGCGCGCAGCCGUGCAAACGCAGCUUGUCUAGUUGCAUGCUAUAUGGUUAUGAUUCAGUCGUGGCCACCCCAUCUGGCUCUAGCACCCAUUGCUCAGGCCGAUCCUCCCUACAUGCCGUUCCGCGACGCUGGAUACAGCCAGGCUGAUUUUAUCCUGAACAUUCAAGAUGUCGUUUACGGCGUGUGGAAGGCCAAGGAGCAGUCCCUCUGUGGGCUUCGUGAUUUUAACCUUGAGGAGUACGAAAAAUUCGAGCGUGUUGACAUGGGUGAUUUCAACUGGGUUACACCGGACUUCCUCGCCUUUGCAUCCCCCCAGCAGCAGCCAAUUGCACCAAUCCCCAUCAACACCCCCGAGUACGACGCAUUACCCACAACGAUUUCCGAAAUCUCGUCUUCUAAGCUUCCUAUGCCAUUCAAGAACGUCUUGGCACACUUCCACCAGCGCAAUGUGGGCCUUGUUGUGCGACUCAACUCGGAGCUUUACUGCCCUUCAUACUUCACUGCGAUGGGGAUCUCACACAUUGAUAUGAUAUUCGAGGACGGCACCUGCCCUCCCCUGCAGCUUGUGCGUCGGUUCAUCAAGAUGGCCCACGAGAUGAUCACCAUCAAGAAGAAGGGCAUUGCCGUUCACUGCAAGGCUGGCCUCGGUCGCACCGGCUGUUUGAUCGGCGCUUAUCUGAUCUACAAGUACGGAUUCACCGCAAAUGAGGUCAUUGCAUUCAUGCGAUUCAUGCGGCCUGGAAUGGUCGUUGGACCCCAACAGCACUGGCUUCACCUUAACCAGGGUGCUUUCCGUGAGUGGUGGUUUGAGGAUAGUAUGCGCGAGAAGCUCGCUCAGUCUGUGCCUGCCACUCCGCGAAUUUCGACCAAGAAGCGCAGCAGUAACGGAGUGGUGUCCACGCCACCCAACAACAGCCACUCUAAGCGCGCAGCACUCGGAGAGAUCGACCACAAUGAAGCAGCCGCCUACCCCGACCAAGAUCUUCCAGCACCCACCCCUGGCCAACCUCGCAAGUCCCACCGCAAGGACUCAAGGCAUCAUCCUUAUUCUCGAACUGUCUCCGGUAAUUUGGCCGUGGAAAAUGACCAGCGCACCCACCGCACCCACCGCAAGAGCAACGAGAGCAGUGAGAGCGAGGAAGAGGUCCAGCUUCGCAGACUCGCUAAGAGGGCUUCUAGAUCACCUGUUGCAUCGCCUACAUCACGGUCGAUUAGCUACUCUGCAACUGUCACUGCCAGCUACACCCUUACGGAAGACAACCAUCAGGACCAAGAAAACUGGGUCGACCAUUCAGCCCCGAAGACUCCGGUCAGCCGGAAGAGUGGUACUGCGCCUAUUUCCGUUAGCAAGGUCCGGUCCAGUCCUCGUCGGGUAACCGACAGCAACCGUAGUGAAUCUCGCGGGAUUCGAAAGCCCAGUGGUCGUGUUGGUAGCAACACUAUCAGCCCAGCGCGGGCAACCAAAGUUGUUCACUAA